GCACGUUCUUCACAAGAUGGCGCCCACGUCCCAACAUGCAACACGGCGCGUCGUACGGUGUAUUCACAUUCUCUAUCCGUGCACUGUUUGUCGCAAUGCAGUGGGGUACUUGUAGUCUGUUUCUGCUCCACCAUUGUUGCUGCAGAGCUCGACCAUUCUGACACUAUGAUGUCUGCGGACAACACAGUCUCGCAGGCAGCUGAAAAUGGAAACGGAGGAAACAAGAGGAUACCGUGUCCACUGCACGGCUGUAAGCGGGUGUACACGGAUGUGAACGCUCUAGAAACCCACGUCAAGGACCAUGAGAUCUCAGCUCAGUCUCUUCCUGAUAAAGUCUUGCUUUGCUCUACUGUUGGCUGCAGUGGUUCCUUCCCCAACAUGCAGAAACUGAUGGAACAUAUGAGGCAUCAUCACAAACCCAACAUCUUCUUCCUGUGUGAGAGCUGUCGCACAAAACUACGAUCCUACCGCGGUCUUCUGACUCACCUGCACACCUGUUCUAAAGUACCCCGGGGCAAGGCAAAAUCCACUGAACCUGUGCCCCCUCCACCUGCUGCCGUGACCAACCCAAACCUGACCCCCAUGGACACGGACCAGGAUCCCCCACAGCUAGACUCGGCAUCCACACCCCAGGAACUACCCUUUAAAAUCUCAAACCCAGACCUUUCCUUCCCAGCUGUUGUUGGUCAGCCAGACUCUGCUGCCCCCCCUCUCCUCGUCCCCCAUUUCUUGUCUAAACCAGAGACCUCCUCUGUCCAGCUUGCUUCUCAGAAGCUUGCAGAGACAGCUGCCCAGUCUCAGCUCAGGAACAAAGCCUCUGAUCUGCAGCUAUCUCUAAAUCUGGUUGGCCCAGUGGCAGCUCCUGACCCCCCUGAUGCCCAGGCUCAGCAACAGACACAGAUCAGGUCUCCUGGAUCAGCUCCUCACUCUCCUCCUGGGUCCUCAGCUGUGUGGAAGAAGACUCAAGGUAUGGCCUGCAACAGACGCAUCCUCUGGGAGCACACUAAAGGGCGCUACACAUGUGUGCAGUGUGGCCACUCUGUAACCAACCGUAAGGAAAUGACUCAACACAUCAACACUCACCACAGUGGUAACAAACCUGCAGAAGACACGGGAAGCUCUGCCAGUAACCGAUAGAGUGGAAGCAGAAGGACUCAUUUACUGUACCAGAUAUGUUUUGGAAGCAAAUGUUACCUUUUGUUGCCCCAAGUUCAUGUAUAAUACACCUUUUAUUCAGAGUUAUAAACUGAUUGUUUGGUAAUAAACUGAAACAUUUUACAUUACUUUGUUUUAUUUAUGUCCCAAUUGGAGAUUGCUGGAGCCUAAGGACAUCAAAUAUUGGACAUGAUGCACCUGAAUUAGGGAGAGUGAGGCAGCAGAUUCCAUAGACAAGGAAUUUUAUUGUGACAACUUCCCCUUUCACAUUGUCAAGUGGUGGGUCUGUAUUAAUUACACAAACAGAAAAAGACGUAUGGCACACUGUAAUGGAUAAGUUCCAUGUAUAUACUCAAUCAUCUUAACUGUUCUUUAUUAUCAAACUCAAAUUCUCAUUAAAUUAACACUACAGAACUCACUUUUAUACAUAUUUAACAAGCAUAGGGAAACACAGGUCUGGUUGGUGUCUCUCUCAGUUAGGAGGGCACUGACUCUGGACAGACUGAGUUCGCCUGUGUCAGUUUGGCUCCAGACAGCAGAGGUGUGC